UCAACAGCUGUUUGUCAAAUUUGCUGUCAAUUUUAACCUGCUAUUUGUCUCUUGUUUCUUUACAUUUGGACAAAAUUUUACUUGUGUUUUGCUGAAAAAUACCAAAAAACGAGAGAUGGCCAGCCGUGAAGCUGUAAGAAAAGCUGUACAACAGGUGCGUCCCAUCUUGUCGGUGGACCGUGAGGAGGCGCGCAAGCGUGCACUCAAUCUCUACAAAGCCUGGUAUCGGCAAAUUCCCUAUAUUGUAAUGGACUAUGACAUCCCCAAGUCGGUGGAGCAGUGCCGCACUAAGCUGCGUGAGGAAUUCGAAAGGCAUCGUAAUGUGUCCGAUGUGCGCGUCAUUGAUAUGCUGGUCAUAAAGGGGCAAAUGGAGCUGAAGGAGACCGUAGAAAUUUGGAAGCAAAAAGGUCACAUAAUGCGUUACUGGAAGGAAAGCCAAGAACCCAAACCCACUGACUUCUUGUCGAAAUUCUUGCAAGGUGUGAAUUAGUAAAAUCAUUUAAGUUAAUAUAAAACACAAUUUCGAACAUGAUGUUGCGACAUAUAUGCUAUAUAUAAUUGUUGGAUGGCAACUUAGUGAUUGUAAAUAAAAAAAUCGAAAUUUAACAAACACAA